AUAACAAGAUCGCCAACAGCAAUGUUGGGUGUGUUCGGCCGUUCAGAUCUUGUAUAUAAAGGCCAAUGGAAAUGGAUUGAAAACACAUCAGUUCGAUUGUAGAACAACUAGAACAAAUUCCACUAAGCAACAAUGAACAAGUUUAUCGUUUUGGCCACUUUGAUCGCCGCGGCUGUUGCUGCUGACCUUCCAGCUUAUGGCAAGCCUUCCUACCCUGCUGCUGGUUAUGCUAAACCCGAAGAAUAUGCUCCGAUGCCGUACAGCUUUGAUUGGAACGUCAAGGAUGAGCCAAGCUACAACGAUUUCGGACACAAGGAAACCAGUGACGGCAAAGUCGUGACCGGAUCUUACCGCGUUGUCCUGCCCGAUGGCCGCACUCAGAUCGUGACCUACAAAGCCGACGAGAACGGAUACGUCGCCGACGUGAAAUACGAAGGCGAAGCCAAAUACCCCGCACCCGAAUACAAACCGGCCUCUAAAUAUUAAAUGAACUUCAAUUACAAGCAGAUUCUUUCUUUUUAAUAUUUAAAGAAUCCCGCUCACUCAUCACACACACACACACCAAAUUGAUCGGCUAAAAAUUUCCCAUUUCCGGAACCCAAUUUUCUUCUGUCAAUUCGAACUUUGGAUAAUUUAUUUUCUUUUCAACAUGUAAAACGACCAUUGUGAAUACACAAACCCACAGAUUGUAUAAUAAUGA